AUGUACAUCACUCUCUACUACGAGCGAGCGGGGACGGUGGAGGUGGAGGUGGAGGCGGCGGGGGGAGUGGGGGUGGCCGUGGGAGUGGAGGUGGGGGUGGAGGUGUCGGUGGCGGCAGUGGAGGCGGAGGCGGCGGCGGCGGUGGCGGUGGGAGCGGAGGUGGCGGAGGUGGCGGCGGUGGAGGAGGCGGCGGAGGCGGCGGUAGUAGCGGAGGCGGCGGAGGCGGCGGAGGCGGCGGGGGUGGCAGUGGAGCUGGUCGCGGGUCUACGCAGAGGAGUGGCUACGGUGGUGGUCCGCGCCAUAGCAGCAGCGCGGUAG